AUGGCGGAACCGGAAGGAAGGGGAACCCCACUGGUUGCUAAAAUGGGUCAUAUAAUCACCCAUGAAUCGGCCCAUGAGCUACUACACGUUUUGCAAAGCGUGAAGUUGAGGCUGGUGAACGGGGACAGUCCAUGCGCCGGGAGAGUGGAGGUUCACUACAAGGGAAACUGGGGGAUUGUGAAUCAUUACCUCUGGGACCUGCCGGACGCGGCGGUGGUGUGUCGGGAGCUGGACUGCGGCGACGCGGUGAAAGCCCCGGGCGGAGCUCACUUUGGACCGGGGUCCGGACCCGUUGUGACGUAUAAUGUUCACUGCAGCGGGAACGAGACCGCUCUACGGGAGUGUGAAUCAUGGCCAUGGGGGCACUUUCCCUUCCCACAAUCCUGGGAUGCCGGCGUUAUCUGCGAAGAUCACAGAGGGCCAAGAUUGGUAUCCAAAGAUGAUCAGUGCUCGGGAAGACUGGAAGUGCAGUAUGGUGAAACCUGGGGAACCGUGUGUGACCUGGCCUGGGAUAUGGAUGAUGCCAAUGUGGUGUGCAGUCAGCUUCAUUGUGGAGUCGCCGUGUCUGUUCCGACAGGGGCUUAUUUUGGAAAGGGAACUGGCAUUGUACGGAACGAUGUAUUUGAAUGUAAGGGUAAUGAGACAAGCCUGUGGGACUGUCCGCGUUCUUUAGGAACUCUUCAUUGCAACCACACGAGCGAUGUCAGUGUGAUCUGUUCUGGUGAGUGCCAGCUUUGGAAACUAAUUAUUAAUAAACACUCAUUAUACUUGGAAGAUAGAGAUGAGAUCUCGCCAUUUACUUUUAUCAAAGGGUUAUAAAAUGCUGGAAUAUAAUUGACCAGUGCACGACUUUGAUGUGAUAUUGGCAAACGUUUUAAUCGGCUAAAACAAUUUGAAUAAUUUCCUAUAGUCCAACAUUAUUGAUGGUUUACAAUGUGGAGUUCAGAAGGAGGAAAUUAACAAUAUAUUUAGAUGGUGAUAUCCAUGCGAUGCAACAGCGAUUGUCCAGUGAAUCCCAAUCAAAAAGACGGCAGAAAAAUGCAUGACGUUUAAAAGUAAAUUUAUCCCAUGAUUUACAUUUUUUGUUAGGAAUGAUUUUGUUGUCAUAUGAUCCUAUUAUAAAUGGGGAACCAAUU